CCCCUCACCCUCUUUGAACCACCUUACAGCCCUCAAUUCCUCAAUUUCCGGGCCAUCACCAUGGAUGACACUCCGACAGUUGAAGUUUCCGGUACGGAUAGAGUCGACCUGCAGAAUGGAGCAAACAAUGCGUCCAACGAGGUGGAAAUGACUGGUACCCAAGAGACGUCGAUCCCCCAGACUGAAUCGGCUGGGAGCACGGAACCCACUGCUAGAGCUGGAGGCGAUAUUAUUCUGCUUGAUGCGCAAACUGAGCCUGAACCUCCAACCCCAGCAAAGAAAAUCGCGCCCUUCAAGUUCCUGGACUUCCUUACCUCCCCGAUUGUCGAGAUUGUCGUUGGCGAAGGCGAUCAACAGACCGUUUUGACUGCUCACCAAACCCUGCUCCUGGAAUCCCCCUUCCUCUCUGAAUUUGUGGGCAAGUUCGAGUCAUCAGGCCCUCGCCGUAUUGAGCUCCCGGGCGAAGACGUCGAUGCAUUCGGAUGCUUCUUACAAUUCGAGUACACACGCGACUACACGAUUACGCAGCCAGAGGACCCCUCUAUAUCCGAUGAGCCAGAACGCGUGAUCGAUACGACUGGGGAUGAAUUGUUGCGACACGCGCGCAUUUAUACAUUGGCGGAGAAGCUGGGUCUCCCACAACUCAAGAGCCUCGCCCACACCAAGAUCCACCGCGUCAACGGCACUCCCCGUGGCGAGCUGUCCUACGCCCGAUACGUCUACACGCACACCUCCUCGGAGGAUACGACUAUCCGCAAGCCCGUCGCCUCCUACUGGGCUUCUCGUGGCCAUCUGCUGAGACACGACGUUCAAGGGGACUGGGACAGCAUGUGUCUCGAAGUCCCCGAGUUCACAACCGACGUGCUCAAGAUUCUGAUGGACCGCAAGGAGAAGUCUGGCCCUGCAGAGGCGGAGUCGACCCCAAGGGGACGGAAGCGCCUGAGGGCCAGUGAGAAGUGAGGAGAAGCUCUCUACAAAACCGUUGGGCUGGGUCAAGGAAACCCCCGAUUUCUACAAUAUGCAUGCAUCACGAUACCAUUUCCCCCUUACACAUCUAUUAGCGAUCUUGUAGGUUUCGAAUCGAAUACCAAGUUUCACCAGGAGGCCUGUAUGUGUCAUUGUGACUAUCAGGUGCUCAUAUUACUGCAAUUGCGCGAACGCUCGCUAUAUGUUGUCUUAUCUUAAUAUCUGCAUUGACCGGUUCCGUAGAGGAGCUUGCUUAUUGCGCAAGGCUUUCGAUCUCCACGAGCGCCUUGGGGGCCGAGGUCAAGUUGUCGGGGCCGUCCUUGGUGACGUGCACAUUGUCUUCGAUGCGCACACCUCCAACGCUCCAGUAGCGGUCCAGAACCUCGGUGUUGAUGUACUUGCUCAGCUCGGGGGACUGCAAGACGGGGUCGAUGAUGAAGCGGCAGAAGUAGAUCUGUAAAAUAGCGCAAGGUCAGUGACGAAUGAUAAUAGCAUACCGACGGCAAAGGGCGGGUUAACUUACGCCGGGCUCAACGGUGAUCACAGAGCCAGCGGGCAGAUUGCCCCGGACACGCAGGUAGCGGAACAUCUUGUCGGUAUCGGCGUAGUUGGGAUAGCCGCCAGUGUCGUGGGUAUCCAUGCCUAGGUAGUGGCCCAGACCGUGGGGGAAGAACGCCACGCUCACACGCUUCUCGAAGAUCUCGUCCGCCGAGCCCUGAAGAAUUCCCAACUUCAGGAGGCCCUUGAUAGCGAUGCGGUGCGCCAAAGCGUGCACGUCAUCCCAGCACACGCCAUCCUUCAACACGGCAAUGCACUCAUUCUGCAUCUCCAGAACGAUCUCGUAAAUCUGGCGAGUCUCCAGAGGAAAAGUGCCGGCCAGAGGAACGACACGAGUUAUAUCAGCACAGUAAGUCUGAUACUCGCCACCAGCAUCGAUCAGCAGGUUACCCUUGCGCUGCUGAGAUCCCGCAUCCGUCAAGCUCUCGUCGUUCUUGACGUAGUGCAGCGUAGCGCCGUUGGCACCACCCGCAAAGAUGGGGUGAUAAGACAUCUCCCGAGCGCCAUUGGCAAUGCAAGUGUUGAUAAAAGCAGCUUCAAGCUCGCGCUCAUUAUUCGCAGUCUUAGCGGCCUUGAUAGCAGCAAUAUGUCCCAAGGCAGAGAUAUCAUUCGCCUUGCGCAAAAGCGCAACCUCGUACGCAUCCUUGACAACGCGCGCAUCUCCGAUAACAGUCUUCAGAACGCCGAGGUUCGCUUGCGCGAAUCCCUUGAACUCAACGCCCUCGGAGACCUGCUCCUCAAUAGCAAACGCCAAAGUCUUUCCACCCUGUGCGGACGCGAUCGAGGCCAGGGUCGCAUUGACAUCGGUCGUGUACUGGACGUGGUCAACGUCGUAGAGCUUCUUCGCCUGCUCGGGCGACAAGGGCAGGCCCGACCAGAUGACCGAGUCGGGGUCGAUAGGGGGAAUGAAGAGAGUCAGCUCGUCCUUCUUGACGUCGUAGACGACCGAGGAAUCGGGCUCCAGACAGCCAGUCAAGUAGAAGAACGGGCGACGCUGUCUAGAAUGGGGGUUUCCAAUUAGCACAUGACAAAGACUCCGGCAGGACCGUG